AUGCAAACAAGUCUUGUUAAUAAAUCACUGAGAGUUGCAAGAGCAGCAACAGGAAGAGCAUCAUGUUGCUCCUUAUUGAAUAAUAACAGUAGUGGAAUUGUAAUGAUGAUGAUGAUGAAUCGAUUGGUGCAACAAGGAAAUCAUAGAGACUUUUCAAAACUCUCACAAAUUGUUCAUUCUUCAUUGUCAUCUUCGGAACCAGAAAUGAAAAUUACACAAGAACAAUUGAAAGCUGCUUUGGAGAGAAAAAAGUUGGAACAAGAACAAAGAAUUGCACAUAAUAAGAAACAAGAAAAGGAAAGAAGAAAGGAAAGGAAUAGAGAAUUCUUCAAAUGGGUUGGAUUGUUUAGUGCCUUGUUCUUUGGUAUUAUGGUUUAUCACUUGGCUUGGUUGUGGGCUCCAGAAAUUGAAGGUGCAUUGAAAGAUUCAUUGAUUUACUAUUUCAGAGAUAGUAAGACUCUUACACAACUCUUUUUGAGUGUUUUUGAUGAAAGUAAAAAGUUAACACAUAGAACUCAUUUGGAAAAUGUGAUGGCUACUUUGAGAACGAGUAUUAGAGUUGCUAAUUCAGGCACUUUUAUUCAAGAGUUUGGAACGUUGCAAACUUGUAAAUGUUUAUUGGAAUUGGUUAGUACCAAUCAAUUGACUGAAACUAUUGGACAAAUUUAUCAACAAAAAGUCAAUGAGGAAGAAAAUGAUCUCUCUAAAUUGGCUUUCGUUACUUUGAAUUCAUUCCUUAAACAUUUGACACAUCAUCCAGAGAUUAUUAAUAAUAUUAGCUAUUUAGUUUUAAAUGGAAAAGAGGAGAAUUUGGAAAUAAAAGAACGAGCCUUACAUGGAAUUCAUACAAUUGUUAUUUUCAAACUCUAA